AUGGUAGAAUGGGCUUCUCAGAUGAAAAUCAAGAUGUUGCACUGUAAACCAUAUUAUACACAAGCCAACGGGCAUGCCGAGGCAACUAAUAAGGCCAUCAAGCUUAUCGUCCAAAAGAUGAUUAAGGAGUACCCAAGGAAAUGGUAUGUUUCACCAUCAGAGGAUGUUUGGGCGAAUAGAACCAGUCAAAAGUCAGCAACGGGAACCUCGCCUUUUAGGAUGGUGUAUGGGCACGAUGCAAUGCUGCCAGUGGAGCUAACGGUUAUGUCGACUCGCCGCCCGUAUAAAAACAAGCUAUCUCAGAAUGAUUAUUUUGAGAAGAUGACGAUAGAAGCGCUCGAAUUGGACGAAGAAAGAAUGACAACAUUAGACCACCUAGAAGCUCAAAAAAGGAGGGUGGAACGAGCAUACAAUAAGCGAGUAAAACCAAAGUCGUUCAUCGUGGGUGAUAUGGUGUGGAAGGCAAUUUUGCCCAUGGGCCACAAGGAUAGGCGAUUCGGUAAAUGGAGCCCGAAUAGGGAAGGUCUCCUCAUCGUGACUACAAAACUGGCUAAUGGUGCAUAUGUUCUGGCCGAGAUUGAUGGGGAAGAACACGAUAGGGCCAUUACCGGUCAAUUUUUAAAUAAAUAUGUUCCUAGUUGCUGGGAGAACAUAGACUGA